CUGCUGUGAUAACGUUAGCUGGAAGGAAGCAGCCAGUCUGCGGCUUGUGUUCCCUGCGAGCCGAGCCGCGCUUCAUCUGCUGUCCCGCUGAACAGGGAUUUGUCCCUGUUGGUCAGAACCUCCUUCCUGGUGAACGGGACCUCCAGGACUGUAGGGAAAAUAUUACCUCGUCGGACAGAAAAGCAGCAUUUAGUUCUUCAUCAUGUUUAAUCUAAUGAAAAAAGAUAAGGAGCGGGAAGGGAGUAGGAAGGAGAAGAAGGAUAAAAAGGAGCGAAUGUCUGCAGCAGAGAUGCGCAGCCUGGAGGAGAUGAGCAUGCGACGUGGUUUCUUCAACCUAAAGAGGGAGGCGAAGCGUGAGUCCAAGAACAAACUGGAGAUCUCCAACCCCAUUCCUAUUAAAGUGGUAAGCAGCCAUGAGUUCACUCUCACCGACAUCGAAUCAGACGGUCUGAGCAACCGAAGCAGCAUGGUCCUGGAUGACCAGCUCAGCACUGCCAGCUCCACUGAUGACCUGAAGGGUGAGGGUGGAGGAGGACUGGAUGGACACCGAAGCUCUGUACACGAGCGUGUGGCACACUUUGGUGCACUUGCCAAGCAAAACUCCGCCCAGGUGGGUCAGAUGAUGAAACGCUUCUCCUUUUCCCAGAGGAGCAAAGAGGAGAGCCCUUCUGAGGGCUCCACACCUUCAGCUCCAAACUCUGCUGCCCCUUCUCCGCACGUGGAGAGCAAAGUCUUCAGCAUGCUCCGCAAGCACAGCAUCAAGCAGCAGCCUGAAUCACCAGCCACCAAAAAAGUCUGCAUCCCUGAUUUGGUUGACAAGACCUUCUCAGCACAUCUGCAGCUGCCUGCAGUGGUCGCACCCAGUGAACCAGAAACACGCGAGCUGGAGCUCCAGAGGCGCAACACUGGUGACUUUGGAUUUUCUUUGCGCCGCACUACUAUGCUGGACCGCAGUGUUGACGGAGGAGUGUACAGACGUGUCGUCCACUUUGCAGAGCCUGGCGCCGGCACCAAGGAUCUGGCGCUGGGGUUGGUCCCAGGUGACAGGCUGGUAGAGAUAAAUGGAAAGAACGUAGAGAACAAGAGCCGUGAUGAGAUAGUGGAGAUGAUCCGUCAGUCAGGAGACACGGUGCGGCUGAAGGUGCAACCAAUCCUGGAGCUGAGUGAGCUGAGCCGCUGUUGGCUGAGGAACACGGAGGGGUUACGCAGGGAUACCAGACAUAUCCUAUGCGUUGCUUUGCCAUCAGCCUGUGGCUUGGCCUGGCAGAAAUUUCUAUGCUCAUCUGAAGAUCCUAAUUCAUCUGUCCCUGUGUAUUCUCACCACUCUUCUUCUCCUAGUUUCCCCCCACAUCAUCAUCAUCUCAUCAAUCACUGCCCAUGACAGCAGAUCAGCCAACAUGGCAUUCUCAUCUCGCUUUUCCUUCUGGGAACAAAAGGGAAGUCUCAUUUGGACAUUUCAUAAACACUGCAUGGUUUUCCAGCUUUGUACACUGGGAUCCUAACAUGUGUGGCCUUUGUGUGUGUCACACUGAGAACUUGUUGCUUUUCACUCACAUGUAUAUAUUUACUUUAAUUACCAAUGGUGGAAAGUUCAAAACACUGUCAAUAGUAAAAACACUGUAUUUUAAGCAACAAUGCAAGUUAUAUUAUAGUAUCAAUUCUGUACAUUUAUAAAUACUGUAGGUAUCACACCAGAUAUCUUGUGUCUAAACAAACUAAAAGCCAAAUAUUUUUUACACAGUGGACUGUCAGAUUGUUCUGAUACACUGUAUCAUUUUUUAAAUCUGUGACAUUAGCAUAUUAUGACAAAUUUAAUUUCAUUAUGGCAAACUGUAAAUGUAGCAAACUACAGUACUUUGCAACGUUCAAAAAAACGUUCAGAUUCAAAGACACAAUGUAAAUUCUUACUUCCACCCGUGGUAAUUGCCAUUUGCUGUGAUUUUGAGCCACCUGAGCACCAUUUGUUGGACACAGUACCAAAGCAAUUCAAUCACAAUGAGUGCAUCACUUAUUAGUUCUUGAAAAAGCUUAACAGGGUUUGUUUCCAAGAGAUCAGAUGUAAUUAUUUUUACGCUAAAGUUGGUUCACAGAAACGUUGCAUGCUUUGAGACUUGCACGAUUGUUUGAUGGGCAAUAGUCUCACAAAAUGUCAAGAUUUUGACUUGGUUUCCUUCUUGGUAUUAACACGUUUAGAUCAAAGAAGAGAACAAGCCAGAAAGCCCAAGUGUAAGUAAACCUAAAUAUGAUAAUUCAUUAGUUUUUACUUGGAUAUAUGUAGUGUAUAUCUGGUCAACGUUUUUAACAAUUCGAACAUUUAGUGAAUCUAAAAGAGUGCAUAUUCUGUCUGAAUAUCUUCUGUAGUG